CUAGUUGCUGUUAAUCCUAAGGCUAAGCAUGAUAAUUCGUUUGACAACAAGAAAGCGUGUGACUGUUGUUUUGUAAAGUGUGUUGAAAAUAAGAAUAUAUAUAUGCGGGCAAGAAAUAUAUAAAACUUGAACAACAAGAUGGAUAUUUCGAGCCCUGCAUUUAGUUUUAAUUUGGGAACACCAUUGUCAGUUGGAGGUCAGCCUGAUCUGGCUGAAGAACAACACAUUCAACAACUUCAGCGUCAGUUGCAGCCUUCUCCAUUGCAACUUCAGCAACAUGAUUCGCCAUCACAUUUACAGACUCAGUCUCAGCUUUCAUGUUCAACACCACCACAGAGAAGUUCUUCUAUUAGUGUUACUCAACCACAUAGUACUACUAUUACCAGUUCGGGGUUUACUCCCCAAAGUUUAAUGCAACCACAAACUCCACAAAAUGUAGUUGUACCAAGUACUUCUGGAACAAGUUCAUCUGGAGCAUUGUUUCCUCCAACCCCAGGUCCUCCUAUGACACCCAUGACUCCUAUAACUCCUUCAUCAGCUGAUCCUGGCAUUGUACCACAACUACAAAAUAUUGUUUCAACAGUUAACCUUGUCUGCAAGUUAGAUCUUAAGAAAAUUGCUCUACAUGCUCGAAAUGCAGAGUAUAACCCAAAGCGUUUUGCAGCUGUGAUAAUGAGAAUACGAGAACCAAGAACAACAGCUUUAAUCUUCAGUUCUGGAAAAAUGGUGUGCACAGGUGCUAAAAGUGAAGAACAGUCAAGGCUUGCAGCAAGAAAAUAUGCUAGAAUUGUCCAAAAACUUGGGUUUGACGCAAAGUUUCUAGACUUUAAAAUUCAAAACAUGGUGGGCAGUUGUGAUGUGAAGUUUCCUAUAAGGUUAGAAGGACUUGUUUUAACCCACAGCCAGUUUUCAAGUUAUGAACCAGAAUUAUUUCCUGGUCUCAUUUAUCGAAUGGUGAAACCAAGGAUUGUGUUAUUGAUCUUUGUUUCGGGUAAAGUUGUUCUUACAGGGGCCAAAGUACGUUCUGAAAUUUAUGAAGCCUUUGAAAAUAUUUAUCCGAUUCUAAAGGGUUUUAGAAAACAAUAGCAACUUUAUCAAAACAUUUUGAGAUUAAGAAAUCAUUUUUCAUAAGACUGUUGUAUAUAGCUGUAUUAAUUUUGUGACACAUAUUGAUGAAAUGUACAAGCUUGUGGUUUGUAUUAAGUAAUUUAUUUCACCCAUCACCACGUUUUUUUAAUGCACAAACUUUCAGCUCAAUUACCUAAGCCUUCUACAGGUGCAAGACGUUUAGUACACAACAGGAUCCUAAACGUCUCGCACCUAUAGAAGGCUUUGGUAAUUGAGCCGAAAGCUUGUGCAUUAAAAAAACUAAAAAAAUGUGGUGAUAGUCCAAAUACAUUACUUAAUACAAAUAUGAGUACUCACAUUAAAAGCCUGAAAAGUUAUUUAAGCUUGUGGUUUGUUUUUAGGAUUUUGAUUACACACCAGUUGUAACAGAAAGUGACUUUUUUGUUUAGCUCUUCUGAGAAAGUGUCCAAUAGUAACAGAAUUAUUCUUCCCAUGUAUGUAUAAUUUGUCUUGCAAAAAUGUUUAUGCCCUAAACUAAAUUUCUAUCUGUAUUUUAACAAGGUUUAAGCAUAGAACCUUCAUUGUAAUGUUACAUUAAUAGUUAUUUAUUUUUUGUGGAGAUUUGAAAAUAUGAUUUGUAUAAAGUAUCAUUUGGAUGAAUGUUCAUAUUACAUUAUUGUGUGUAAUCAUGCACAAUAAUGAAUGUCACUUAGUGAUUUUGUUUUGGACAUCUUGGACACGUGUCCUUGAUGAAGUAUGAUUUAUAAGUAUGGGUGUCCUUAAUGUAACAUUCAAUAAGAUGUUUUUAAGUAUGUUGUGUGUAGUAUUAUAAUACAUUGAAUGGAUAGUUCUCUGUACUGCACUUGGUUACAUUAUACGUUUGAAUUUGAAUUAGUGUCCUUGAUGAAGUCUGAUUUAUAAGUAUGGGUGUCCAUAAUGUAACAUUCAAUAAGAUGUUUUUAAGUAUGUUGUGUGUAGUAUUAUAAUACAUUGAAUGGAUAGUUCUCUGUACUGCACUUGGUUACAUUAUACGUUUGAAUUUGAAUUAGUGGAAAUUGUCCCCAUGGACAACCAUAUGUCCCAUCAGUGAAAGCAUACUUAUUACUAGGAUGUAUGAGAGAUUUUUUUAUUGUUAAUAUGAUUCAGUCAUAGAAUUUUUAAUUAAUGUUGACAUAUGAUGUAUUGGUUUAUAUACUUACACUGUUAAAGUUCUUAUUGUUACUUAAAUUUAAACUUUUCUUACAGUUAGUAAUGAUAAGAAUGACAAAUAUUAAUGGGAACUACACUUGGAUCCAUCAUGCUCAUGAUACUUUAUAAUUUAAAUUAAAUGAUAAUUUACUUUUCUAAAGGAUUAUAAAUUGAAUUCAUUGUAUGUCACAUUUCUUUAAUUAUAGGAAGUUGUUCAUUAAAUGGCACAUGUUGUUCACUUAUAGUUAAUGUAAUUUUUUAUAGUUUUAAUAGUAAGGUGUUCUAUGAAGAAUAUGUUUUAGUUAAAUCUUUCAAUAUAUUCCUUUGUCAAUUGGUAUGCACAUUUUAUGCUGUCCUUUUUAAUUUUCAUGUUAUAAUAAGAAAAUCAGCUUCCAAUACAAUAUCUUACCUUCCCUCAAAGAAUAGCUCUACCCAACUUGUGGGCUCCUGAUUUGCCUGAGGAUUAUCCUCUGAUAAUCAGGGAUACCUGAGUAAGAAAAGGAAGAUUUUAACAGCUUGUUUCCUCCCCUUUCUUAUGCCACACAGUCACGUUUAGCUUUAGUGGAAGCACCCAGGUCUAUCUUUUCCUGGAGUUAAUAAUUGAGGUUUGUUAUGUUUGUCUUUGACCCCCAUUUCCAUUUUUCCUUCCCUAUUAAGUGAGACACCUUUCGGCCAAUUUCUUGUCCCCCCCCCAGUGCUGUGACAUGGGUCUCCGAGGUUAACUGCUGGUUUGUUCAUCAAUGGCUUUGGCACCCCUGUGAUUAUGUGGUGGGAACAGGUUAGGUGGGGGCCAGGCUUUUGCAAUGUUGUAUCAUUUGGAAGUCAUUCACCAUAGUCCCUUGGGUUCUGCAGGUUCUUUCCGAAGAGCUCGUUAUUUGUUUCAGUUCCCCUCAUCCCAUAUCUUUCCACCCCUCCUUGGGAUACCAUUUCCACCCAGAAUCUUUGCAAGGCAGUUCUAGAUCUUCUUCACAAGGGUGCUAUAGAACAGGAAGAUCCUUCUCAGCCAGAUUUCUAUUCCUGUUUGUUUGUGGUCCCCAAGAAUACUGGGGACUGGUGCCCUCUCAUUGAUCUCUCUUCUUUGAACCACUUUGCAGACCUUCCUCGAUGCACCAUGGGAUCCUGCCUAUCUUUUCAAAGAGUUUUCACUCCUGGUCUUUGAUAUCUCAGAUGGUUACCUCCACUUUCCCAUCCCCGCAGUAUUUUCUUCAUUUUGUCCAUUGUGGUUGCAUCUACCAGUUCUGGGAUCUUCCAUUCAGGCUAGCUUUGACUCCCUAUAUUUUUUGAAGUAUGUCCAGGCUUUUGCCUGUUUUCUCUAUUUCAUGUGCCUUCAUUUCCACCAUUAUAUGGAUGACUGACUGCUUCCAGCUUCUUUGCAUGCCACCUCUUCCCUUCAUACUCUGUUUCUUCUUCAAGAGAUUGCACAUUUAAGUUACCUAGUCAAAGUGGAGAAGUCCUUUCUCUCCCUCACUCAAUACCUUGUUCUUCUCGGGAUUUUUCAAUUCCUGUCUCACUAUUCUCCUCUUUGCCUACUAUCUAUGGAACUUCUGGUUUACACCAUUUCCUCCUCUCCUUCUCCAACUGCAAGAGAGGUUUUAUCUCUUUUUGGGGAUAUGGGCUUCUUUGGAGGCCCUAAUUUCCUUCAGUCAAGUCCACAUGUGACCUCCUCAGUAGGCUUUACAAGUUCAGUGGAACCUUAUUCAGGAACCUUUGAAUGCCCCUAUCCAUCUCCCUCCUUCCCUUCAUGUGGACUUUACUUGGUGGUUGGGCAGAGACAACACCACAGUGGGUGUUCCUCUUCUUCCUCCUUGUCCAGAGGUGCAUUUCUUCACGGGUGAUUUUCUUUUGGGUUAGGGUGCAUAUCUGGACAUGCAUGAGAUUUUAGGUUGUUGGUCUAUCAAUGAGUCGUCAGUGCAUAUCAAUCACUUGGAACUGCUCACUGUCCAUUGGGUUUUGAUUCACUUCCUUCCAUCUUUUCAGAACUAGUUGGUUAUGAUUUGUUGUCUUAUACAUCACUUGGCAAGGGAGCACUCAGUGGAGAUCUCUUUGUUUCCACAUGUUGGACCUCAUGUUUUGGGCCUAUAUCCAUCACAUUCAUCAUCAUAUACUGGAUGCCCUGAAUCUUGUUGUAGGUCGUUUAUCAUGCUCAAACAAGAUUCUUCCCACAAAGUGGUCCCAUGACCAACAGAUGUUUGUCUGGCUGUGUUGCCAAUAAGGUACUCCAAAAUUAGAAGCAUUUGCCACCCACCUGAAUUCCAAGCUUCCCAGGUUUUGGUUUCCAAUUUCACAUCCUUUGGCUGUAGCUGUCAGUGCCAUCAGUCAGGACUGGGGAGAACUUUAUCUAUUUGCCUAUCCUUUCCAUCCAUCUUAUUUCUCAUUUCCUCUCCAUCAUCCAAACCAUUCUUUGUCAUGUCCUCUUGGUGGCACCACUUUGGCCAGCACAGCCAUGGUUUCCACUUCUGUGCCUGCUCCUAUUGACAUCUCCCCUACCUCUUCCCCUCUCAUUCACCCUCAUCAGACAACCUCAAAAUGGCUUGCUACAUCCACCAUUCCAACAUGAGUGUCUUCAUGAGUGGUUUUGUCUGGUCCCUUGCCAGAUGGGAUACACUUGCAUUUUGUUUCCUUGAUUUCCCAUUCCAUUUGUCCUUCCUCCAAGUCAAUUUACCAAUGUCAAUAGUAUGUCUACUGCCAUAAGUCUUCUCAUCAUGAUUUUUCUCCAUCCCAUGCUACUCUGCUACACCUGAUUUCCAUCUUUUUUCUGGCUUUUUGACAAGGAGUUUUCAGUAUCCAUCAUUGGUGGUUAUUACACAGCCUUGUCAACUACUUUCUGUUUCACAAGAUUUUGCUGUGUUUUCACUUCUUUGGUUCUCACCCUAUUGUUUCAUUCCUUCCACCUUCACCAUCCUCCACAUCCUACUGCCCUCCCUGAUUGGAACCUCAGUGACAUCCUUUCAUUUUCUCGCUUUGAGCCCAUGUCAUCCUGUUCCAUAUAUCAUCUCUCCUUAACAACCUUUUACCUCUUCUUGGCAUGUGGAUGUUGAUGUUCAGAUUUUUUCAUACUUGAUGUCUCUUGCAUGUUCUAUCACAGGACCUAUGUCAUCCUCUACCUGAAUCGGUCUUUUCUGCCCAAAACAUUGGUUGCACUGAGGGUGAUUUUAUCUUCACUCCCAUUUCCCUCCCUGUUAUCUUCUGUUAUUACCAUUCCCAUUUGUUGGAGUUGAACUGUCAUAAUGCUGUCGUCCUUCCUAUCAUCGUUCGAAUGUUCGUUCCCAAAGAGUACUGGUGUUGGUUGUGUUGGACAUGCACCCAUGAUAAUGUGGGUCCUUGGAAUGGAAGAUCUUCCCUUCCAGUUCCCAUAUCUGAAGUGAAUGGUAGAGGACCCUCUUCUUACCAUGGACCAGAUAUUCCUAUCACAGUACUGUUAGUAUUAGUUGAGGUUGAACUCCCCUUACUGUCUGCCUCGCCCUAGCCACUCUACACCAGGGGUCCCUUCAUUUAAUUUUUGGGGUUCCUCCUAUGAUUCCACACUUAAUGCGAGACUUCAUUUUCACUGGUGAAGAGUAUACCUGGCUCAGAAGUGGUGUGCUCUCCCAUGGUUGUGUCUUACAUACUCUUUAGUCACACACACCAUGGGUGCUUUUUGAAGGGUAAUUUUACACCAGUUCUUCCACCAGGUCAGUGUGGGAUUCUAGCUAUUCUGUGAGAAUAGGUAAGAUAUCAUAUCGGAAGUUAACAUUUCCCUACACUGAAAAUAAAUUUCUGAUAUAUUCUUACCUCCUCUUACCUUUUUUCCCCCACUUCUGGUGUCUUUUCCAUUUCUGUUGCACAAUUUCAAAGUGUAUUUGGACUAAGCUGUAUAGAGGGAGUCAGCUGUGCUGGGAAUUGUAUUAUGCUUCUGUUGGUGAAGGUUUGUUGCCUCACAACUGCCUCACGUGAGGGUAUCAAGGCUAAUGGCAAACAAAAAUGUGUGCAUAUAGAGGGCAAUACAUGUUGGGAAAUGCUAUUUUGUGAGAGGAGGUAAGAAUCUAUCAGAAAUACAUUUUCAGUGUAGGAAAAUGUUAACUUUCAGGCUUGCAUCAGAAUUUAACAUAUUAUAUACUUCAUGCCAUAUGCUAAGAUUAUAUGGUUUAUUGUACCUAAAAGUAAUUAUCACAAUAUUAUCCAAAGCUUGAACUUUAUCUGAAUCUGAUGGAAGACAAAAGUAAAAGAAAGUUAUGGAUGAAAUCCAUAUUUACUAGUGUAAUUAAGUUUCAGUACAUGUUGGAGGGACAAAACUAAAUCUUUUCCCAACCAGUAGUUUUGUGUAAAUGAGUAAAUUUUUGAAAGGUAAAAUUCGUAUAUAACCCAUCUAGCUUUAGAAAGGUUGAUGUUAUUUGAGGAAAUGUGUAUGUUAAACACAGUUUUUAAACUUGUGCAUUGUAACAUAUAUACAACUGAUUUAUACACGAAAACCUAAAGGCAAAUUUGUUGGAACAGAUCUGUUAUGAUGACAGACUAAAACCUAGAAGCAAUUCUUUUAUUAGAGAUUGAAAAAAUAUUGUAAGAUUAAAAUUUGAUAAAUUGUGAAAUUUGAUAAAUAAUUAAUUAACAAUUGAACUAACCUCAUUUAGUAGUGAUUUUGUUUAAUAUAUGUAAUAUGCUGUUUUCAGAAACAAACCAAACUUGUUAAGUAUUAUAUAGAAA